AUGGAUCUUAGUAAACAAUCUUCAAUGUCACUAAAAUGAUGGGCUGUUCAUACACUAGAUAAAACCAAUGCAUGUACUGUCGAUGACAACGUGUCAGCCAUAGGGGCACACAUACAACUUCUUAUGUCUAUCAGAACUUUUUCACAACCCCACCAUUAAAAUACAUACAGUACAUCUCUGAUGCCUUGGAGCUGCACUUUGGCAUCAUUAGUAAAGGUGAGACACCACAGACGUCUCACCAUAACUGAACCAGCUGACAGGGCGUUUUCCUUUCUGCCGUAAACUUCUGAAGAAAACCCCUGGUGCUUUUAACGUAUAGAGACACGGUGUACAGAACAUCGGAACAGGUCCCCCCCUAAACAUAUUAGUUUACAGUGGAGGUUUAAUUGGGUGGGAUGGAGUGAGGGGGCCUUUUGGGUAUGCUGCCCAAUGCUCUUUGUAGUUUUACGGUUUCCACUGACUUCCAGUUGGCCACAUGCAGUCUCAUACAAACUCAGGCCCCCCAAUCCUGUUCAAAGUGACUGGAGUGUUUGUGCGGGGGGGUAUGUAUUUAUGUUGGAAGGGUGUUUCUAGGUGUGUGUGUGUGUGUGAAUAUGUAUGUAUGUUGUGAUGUGUCUGUGCGUAUGUGUGCCUGCAUCCGUGUGUGUUUAGGUUAAUCGGCAAUAUGCUGCCUGGGCUGUACCUCUAAGCGCCGUCUCCUGCCGUGCACUCCCAGGGGUCAAUUAGCAGGGCCAGCAUUUUCCCUCAUUUGGGGAACACAACAUCUGGUUCCUGUCGACUCAUGUCCCUACCGUUGUUUUACAGAGUUUCUGGGGGCUGGCCCGGUGUGGCAGAAUGCGAAGGAGGAGGGUGAGUGAGGGGGACUGGUUUGUAGGAGACAACAAGGGGAACAUGGAUGUUAGCAGGUAUACUACUGGACAGUAUGUCAUACCAAAAUAUUUUCAGACAUUAACGGCAAACUCACUUACUGUGAUAUUUAUAUGCAAGUACACACAUCCUUACAGUAUAUACACAAAUACACUCAUGUAGUGGUGUACUCACACAUACUUGUGUACUGGUGGUGUUUCUUUACUCUAAUAUGGCACUUCAUGAGUCCACAUUCUCUUCUUAAUAUGUGCUGUCUUUCUCUCUCUUGUUCCAGCAUCUGCAGUAUCCAGUGAUGUCCGCAGCAAGAGGAGUCUUCCCGUUCCCAUUCCCGUCCUCAAGAGUCAACCUGACUUCUGGGGAUGGUACAAAUUCUUCAUGGAUACUGGUAACCAGGAAGGAGUGAGUGGCAAACAUUCCACAAUCAUUUUUGUUUUGAGUGAAUGCACUUUUGGUUUCACACCUACCUUUUUAUCUUCAUCCUGCACAUACACUUCACUUCAUUCACUAGUAGAUAAAGCGGCACUUUGUACUGCACCUGCCUCCCUAAUAUCUUAAUUGGCCAGUAUUAACAGUCUUGAUUGAGCUUUCCUUGCACAAUGUAACAGUCCAAAAAGUGAACUUCAACCAUCUGGCAUUCCAGACAGACUCAAUCAAACGCUCAAAGUAUUUGAAAGGAAACAUACCAUUUGAACCAAGGUCUGGAUCUGAUGGGAGUCUGUCUUUCCCCUGUCUUCACCUUAUAGAUAGAGCAUCUGGACAAGAUGUACAUGACCUACCUGCAGAACAAGCACCGCUCCGAGGAGGGUCCCACCUUCAACCAUUACCUCACCCACCUCAGUGCUAUCUACAAGACUUGCGCCGACUCCGACGACCCAGAAUGCAUCGCCGAGUCCACCAGCAAGCCCAAGGCCAAGGUGGUGAUGCCCGCGCCCGUCAAGACCGCCACAGUCAAAGUAUGCAACCCUUAUAUCGACCCCUACUGCCACUUCCCCAUGAUCCCUAAGAUUGCCGCCCCAGCCCCGGUCAAGGUCGCCCCAGUGCCUGUUCUGACCCCCUUCCUACCGCACCCUCUGAAGAACCCCACAGGGUUCUACUACUAUGCCCCAGUCCUGGAGCCCUUCCUCCCCGCCGAGCAGAAGACGGAGCUGCUGCGCAUCUGCAACCCCGAUGACACCGAGUGUCUGCAGUACCACCUGCGUGCCGCCUAUGGCUACAGGCCUGCUCUUGGACCCGCCCCAUCCUACGCCGCCCUGGGCUGCGAUCCCACCAAGGACCCCUACUGCCGGCCAAAGCUGGUGGAAAAGGCCCCCUCCGGCUUCUACCACCUGUACCCCACCUGCGACCCGGCCACCGAUCCCCUGUGCGGGGCUAGCAUAGCGGCCCCACCUCCCGCUGCCAAGGAAGCCCCCAAGGAACAGCAAUGCAACCCCCUCUUCGACAAGGGUUGCAACCCCCUCACUGCCACCAAGCUGGCCGGCCUCACCAAGCCCGUCCUGGAGUACACACCCAAAGACAAGCCGGCGCCCGCCCCUCUGGCGUGUGACCCGCGCUACGACCCAUUCUGCCUGUUAGGCGCCGCCGCUGCCCUUCGUAAGGCCCCCCCAACGCUGCCCCAGUACCAGAUCCGCUCCCGCCUGGGCAUCCUUGGGAAGACCAAGGAGGGCCACGACUGCUACAUGCACUACGAUGAGGGCUGCACACCCGUGGAGGCCAGUGAUGAACCCAACGCCCCUGCUGCCCGCCAAUGCCACCCCUACGACUUCACCUGCAACGGAAUGUCUGCCCCUGCUCCCCUCACCGCUGAGGCAAACAAGCCCAAGAGUGGCGUGAUCCUGCCCGAUCCUGACUGUGACCCCGAGUACGACUACAACUGCCGCCUGCGUCGUGCCGAGGAUGCCUCCGCCGCAGCGGAACCAGUGGCCAAGGAGCCCAAGGACGAGCCAGUGCAGCAGGAGGCUGCCCCCGAGUACGCCGUCCCACAGUUUGAAGACUUCCUCAGGAGCUACAUGGCCAUGGGUCAGUACAGGAAGAAGUAAAAAAAAGAACACACAAAUCUCAACUAGAUGCUAUAUCUAGAUCGUUAGAACUGGAAGAAAGUGAAACAAGUUAAUGUGUUAUACAUACACAUACUCACAGUCCUCCCAAGGUGCUAACAUAUCUCCAAUGGUAAAAUUCUGCUAAAGCAGGACGACUAGUGUCUUAUCAACAGAAAGAUCCAUACCUGCAAUAGUGAAUCAGAUUCGCUCAGUUACAGUGCCUGAAGGUGUAUCAUUUUACCAUCUGUGAUAUAUGUGGGGAACCCAACAUGAGUCCCUCUAGGUUUUAUGGUCCCAUAGAAGACUAUGUGAAAGGUGCGCAUUAAAUACUAUGUUUGUCUGUAGAAAAUGUGUGUUUGUAGAAUAGGGGUAGCUAGCAUACUUGAAGACUGUCUAAUCCAAAUUUGUGUCUAUGUAUGUUUUCUGUGGUUGUACAUUGUCUAUUUCCAGUGGUUUGUGAACAUAGUGUCUCUUGAUGUAUUUAAUGUUGUUUUCAUAGCUUUUCUAAAACCUAUUAACCUCAAACCCUUCCUCUGGUUAGAUUUUUUUUAAAGUUCCAAAUAAAAAGUUUUAAAACAA